AUGUGCACGAAAUCCUCAGUUAUCUCCGUAGCGGAACUAGUUGACUUCAUGUGCUCGAAAGCCUCGGUAAUCUCCGUGGCGGAACGAAUUGACUGCAUGUGUUCGGAAGCCUCGGGCAUCUUCGUAGCGGAACGAGUUGACUUCUGUGUAGACAAGCCUCUAGACGCAGAGUUAUUCUUUUUGCAGAGCAAGCCGGCAACACGGAGACGCAUAAUUUUCACGAUCACGGAAAUGUACAUGACCAAAUUAACGACCAUCACUAUAGAAAUUGGUAUAGCAACAAAGAACAGUAUACUCCGAGGAUUGAACGUAAUACUGUGUUCAGAAAAGAGGGCUUGGGCUCGAAUCAAGUCCGACACAGCCGUUUCCGCUAAGAAGUGUUUAUUACGACGUUCAUGUCCCUCCUCCAGCACAAUUGUGUACGAAGGCAUCGUGGCCGGAAGUAAUGCUGGUCAUCACGGAAGUGGCGCCAAUUACAUCUGCCUGCCCAGCGAGACUUUGUGGGGAACCAACAUUCUCAUGGUCCCCGGAAGGAACGCCUGCUACCCUGGGUGGACGCAGGAGUACGCCGGAUACCUGAUGGCGGAAACUUACGGCGGCGCGUCGAACAAGGAUUUCAUUUGUGUUGACGGCGAGGUUGAGAUGACCAAUUGCAAUAGCGCAUUAGGGGAAGGCGGCGCGAAUCUUUAUCACGUAGAAAACGCUUGUGAUUCGUUGAAAUGUCCGCCGUACAUCAGUGGGUGUGAGCUAACAUGCGCUGUGUGCUCUCACAGAAGAUAG